UUCAACUAUGCGUUUAAUUCGAAACCGAACCUCAGCGACCGCAAGUUGGCAAAAUUUGGGGUUGUUAUGGUAGAACGUACUUUAGGGUGAUAUAUAAAGAGGAGUUUAUUUAGCAGCUACAGUUGAAGUUUCGACAUGAAGCCGGUAAGCAAAACGAGGGACUUCAGUAUCGAGAGUAUUUUGGCAGAUAAACGCAUACCCAUUCAAAAUGACCGCGAAGAGUACCAAGAAUUAUUAAGUGUAAAUGAUGAUUCUUCUGUAAAAAAUUCGAGAAAAUAUUUUGAAGAAGAGUGUACAAUUCGUAAUCGGAGAAUAAAUCAUGAACUUAUAAUUAGUGAAGCAGAAAAUUGUGAUUUAAAUUUCCAAAGGAAAAGUGAAGUUAUAGAAGAAAAAUAUAAAAUAAAUUCUGGGGAAGUUUUAAACGAAUAUCGUAAUGAUUCGUUAGAUGUGGAAAGCUUUGAAUAUAACCAGAAUAAAAAUAAAUUGCAAAUUAAUAGUAUUGAUAAAUGUAUCAUCGAUUCGAAAUCAAAUUUGAUAACUGAAGUUGAAGAAGGAAAUAGGAUAAGUGAUAAAACCUUCAUAUCAAGAGACCAGAACGGGAAAUUGAAUAAAGAACGGAAGAAACAAUUAAAACAAUAUCAAAGUGAUAGUCAUUUUAAAUGUUCAAAUAAGGAUUCCAAUGAUUCGUUAAAAAAACAAUACAAGAAUUUAAGGAACAAUGUCGAAACAACACAAAAUAAAUAUUCAUUGUUUGAAAAUGAAAUUAAAGAAGAAAAUGAAUCUUCCAGAGGUAAACUGGACGUAGUACGAGAUGUAGAGAAAUUAGAAUGGCUUCACUGUACAAGAUAUAAACCUCCCAAAAUACCCAGAAAACCAACAAUUGGUAAAAGUAAAAGAAAGCCAAGCUUCUAUCCUCGAAUACCAUUUUCAAUGUUUCAACUCGAGUAUCUUGAACAAAAAUUUCAAACUUCCGCUUAUUUAAUGAGACAUGACGUUAUGGAAAUGUCUGAUGUGUUAAAAAUUCCGCCUAAUAGGGUAUAUUUGCAUUUUAUGAAUAAAGAUCUGGUUUCAAAACCGACGUGCUAA